AAAAUACACUGGAUCAGAUACGAGCUCUGGCACAGUGCUCCUUCCUCCACGCCCUCGGCCCCUCUUGCGCACAACAUGCUAAGUAUGCAGCAUUAACAAUUUGGAUCUCCACUGCAGAUUAUACGGGCUUCGUUCCUGAUGCUAUAAUCUUCCUCCUCUGCUAUGCGGCACCCCUCUGUAUCUGUGUAUAACCACGCAUCUGAAUCAGACGCGAUAGCUAUGCCAGCGAUCGCUGCCGCAGAUAUGACAAUAGUGGUUGGCUUUUUAUGCACGAUCAGUGUCAGGUACAGCCAAACCUUCCCAUGCGCUCGCAUCGCCGAAUGCUGGGCAGAACUGUGGAUUCAGUUCUACCGGAUUGGUUAUCUGCAUACCAGUAACAACAAGUAUACGACACAUCCGGUGGAGAAAAGUGCAAAUCGUUCCAGGUGCUCAAAAUUGUUUUUGAUCAGUGACACGAGGGGAUGUCCUCCGUCCUCCAGCAUGCACCGUCUUAUCUUAGGGAUGUUGGUUUUUUUGUCGGGUUUCAUUUCGAGCUUACUAUCGGACCUAAAACACAUGUCCGCGCAGUCUCGGAUAUCUCAUACCUUGGAGUUCUUCCGGGUUCUACCACUCUGCGUGAUUCUGUAGGCACAACCGAUUUUGUCAGACCGGUUGGCGAAACUCCUGGGUUCUUCCGACAAGUGGCGGAUGCUCAGAAGUUGCACAGAUGCGAUCUCACGCACAUAAUUUUAUCCUGACCCUC